CAGCGCUCAGCAGGAGUGUUGAACGCUCGGCUUCGCAGUCGGCGAUCUUUCGUAUUCUUCGUUUAUUUUCUUUUCUAUUCGUUUAAUUUAUAACUCCAGUCCUCAAGCCACUUCAUAAAUGAAACGUUCCCUGUUCACCGAGUGAGUUUCGCAGUGUUUACCGGCAAUUUUAUUUUGACAGUGUCACGUGCGGGGAUCGUAUUAUUACCGGUUCCGGAGUUUUUAAGUGUUUAUAACGCAACAAGGCCUUUACUUGACGCAGGUAGAGCCGGCGGAUCCUCCGAAGGUGAGAUAGUGUCGAGUUUGUUGAUGUUUAGAAGAAACAAAACUGACAGUAACUUCAUUAGUCCCAAAAGUUCGGUGAAGAAAAAAUAAUACUUUAAUACUGUGUCGUUCCAAUAGGAUUCUGUCGGCAAACUGGAAUAGUGUACGUUGUAAAGUGAAGUUUAAAGGUGCCUGUAACUUACAACAUAACCUUAUUUCAAACAAGGCGCGUGUUUUACGGACAUGCGCAGUCCGGUUCACCGAAAUUAUUUAUAAGUGUCUUGUAAUUUUAUAAACAAACGUUGUGUCGUGUGGUUUUUGUGCCGGCCCGGGGUGCGACGCUAACGACAAGUGCACGAUUGUCAUCGGAAUCUUCACACGACGUCCAUUGUCACCUAAUAAGAUAUUCGGAUUUUUAAAUCGAAAGUAUCCGUUCACCUGUGGGAUUGUGUUUUACCUGCGCGCGCACGGGACUUCUUUAAAAGGUUGGCGCAACUAUGAUGUCCUGUCCCUUGCCCCUGCCGCUGCUGCCGGCUUUGCAUCCACAACCAACGCUGACGUCGGACUUCCCUAUUCACAUCGGCAUAAAGAGGGGCUCCGACGAGCUUCUUUCGCAGAGUGGCGUCACCGUCAUGGCGCCCGCCGCUCCACACCAUGCGGAUAACAACAACCAAGAUUCGGCCGCCAAAAAGGUGAAACUGGAGCAGAAUGUGGGCAAGCCGUCGCGCGUCAUCCACAUCCGGAACAUACCAAACGAGACCACCGAGGCGGAGAUCAUACAGCUGGGUCUUCCUUUCGGCCGCGUCACUAACGUCCUCGUCCUUAAAGGCAAAAAUCAGGCAUUCCUAGAGAUGGCAGAGGAGAUUUCUGCUGUGGCGAUGGUGGCUUACUUCGGUGGUUGCGUGGCGCAGCUCCGCGGGCGCGCAGUCUACGUCCAGUUCUCGAAUCACAAGGAACUAAAGACCGACCAAACGCAUAGCAACGCUCAGUCGGCAUCCGCUCAAGCGGCGCUGCAGGCGGCACAAGUGAUUUCCAACAGCGCGGGCGCUGCGCUCGUGGCCGGCGCCGGCGCCGCGCUGCAGCCCGCCAACGGGGGCACUGAAAUACAGGGCGGGCCGAAUACAGUGCUGCGCGUGAUAAUCGAGCAUAUGCUGUACCCAAUAGUACUCGACGUGCUGUAUUCCAUCUUCCAGCGGUACGGGAAAGUGCUCAAAAUCGUCACAUUCACCAAAAACAAUUCGUUUCAAGCGCUCAUCCAGUAUCCCGAUACGGUGUCGGCGCAGACGGCCAAGACGGCGCUGGACGGGCAGAACAUCUACAACGGGUGCUGCACACUCCGCAUCGACUACUCAAAGAUGACUUGUCUCAACGUAAAAUAUAACAACGACAAGUCGCGGGACUAUACCAACCCGACGCUGCCGUCCGGAGACGGCGACGCGCACCAGUUGUUGACCAGUGAGUUGACGCCACAGCGGGCCCGCCUCGCACUGGCCCUCGCAUCCAGGAUGAGUGGUGGUGUUUUGGCUCCGCCGUUUUUGGGGUUGGGAUCCGGUCUGGCGUCACCAUACGGCGUGGGCGUGGGCGGAGUGGGCCUGCCGGCGUUUGGCGCCCUCACUCUGACACCGGCGUCGCCCGCCCUGCGCGCUCUCGCCGCUCCACCGAUGCCUCUGGCCACCGUUCUUCUAGUCUCUAACCUCAACGAAGAGAUGGUCACGCCUGACGCUCUCUUUACCCUUUUCGGCGUGUAUGGCGAUGUGCAGCGAGUGAAGAUCCUCUACAACAAAAAAGAUUCAGCCCUAAUUCAAAUGGCGGAACCGCAUCAAGCUCAUUUGGCGAUGACGCACAUGGACAAGUUGCGCGUGUUCGGGAAGGCGAUGCGUGUCAUGCUCAGCAAGCACCAGACGGUGCAACUGCCUAAAGAAGGUCAGCCAGACGCCGGGCUUACCAGAGAUUACUCUCAAAGCCCGCUGCAUAGAUUCAAGAAGCCGGGCAGCAAAAACUACCAGAACAUCUACCCGCCGAGCGCCACACUGCACCUCUCCAACAUUCCAGCGACCGUGUCCGAGGAGGAUAUUAAGGAGGCGUUCACCAAGCGCGGCUUCACGAUCAAAGCGUUCAAGUUCUUCCCUAAGGACCGCAAGAUGGCGCUGGUGCAGCUGCUGUCCAUCGACGAGGCGGUGGCGGCGCUCAUCAAGAUGCACAACCACCAGCUCUCCGAGUCCAACCACCUGCGGGUCUCCUUCUCCAAAUCCAGUAUCUAAAAUACAUACGCAGCCGACAUCGGAAUAUCACACAAUUAUACCCCGGCCGCUGUCCACGUUUUUUAAUCUUUUAACGAUACGAUUUAUCCGAUUAAUGUCAAGUUUUUGGGCUCAAAUGAAAUGUUAUAUUUAUAAUCGAUUAUAUCGUUGACAGCGGCCGGUGUUGCCAGUCGCGUCCUCUGACAGUUGUGUCGCGUGUAAAAUGGAUUUCCUUAUCUAUAGUUGGCCGCGAAUUAGCUACGACCUCUCACUCAAAUCGAGAAUAAUGCUCGACUGAAAUUUUUAAAUAUAAUCUAUAUUACGCUUACUCGGAUCAGUCUAGAAGUUAAGUGCUACUUUUUCCUUAGUGUAAAUGUACAACUUACUGUAACUGUACAUGUUAUUUAAGGGACAUUUCACUUGAUGCGAUCCAAGGACCUGGGAUAGGUUACGUUAUAAUGAAUUGUCAUACGGAGAGGAUUUAUUUUGUGUGAUAUUCAUCUUACGUUGUUUCCAUGUUACGGAUGUUUCCGUUGUGUUUACAUUAGCCGUGUCUGUCGAUGAAUUUGUAUUGUUUGCAAUUAGAUUGCGCUAGAAUUAUUUACAUUUGUCAUUUCCCAGUGCUAAGCAAUGUGAGACAUUGUCGGUUUACGGUUAUUAUUUCAGGCUAUCGUGCCGUCUGAAUACUUUAACAUAUUUAUCACUAGUUAAAAACAUAUUUACUUUGUCACAUAUAAUUUGCAGUUAUCGAUAUAAGAUUAUAUUUUAUACAUAUAUUUUAUGCUCUAUUUUAAUAUGCACAAUUUACUAUUAUUGCAUUUCUAUUAAAUAUGGUUUUGUACGCAUACACAUUUUUUCUUUUAUAUAAUUAUGAUAAUGAAAUGCUUUAGAAAUGUGUAUGUGUGUGCAAUAUUAGUUGUAGCAACAUUUACAUAGAUUAUGUUAGACAUAGUUCAUAUAUUAUCUGUAUCUCUCUUCCAUAUCUGUUACGUUUUCUAUCUGUUCGUUGUUCCGAUAGUCUUCUCUGUUAGUUAGCGUAAUCAUUACUCCUACGACUAGCGCCUAGUGAAUAUAUCACGAUAUACAUAAAUGUUAUGUUUAGUGACAUAAUAGUGACAUGAUGCAUUUAUUUUUAUGUUAAUUUAUAUUAAUGGUAGCUGCAACAUACUAUAAAUGCUCGUGCGUACAUUUCACUAAGCAAUUAUUGAUAGAGAAAAUAUUUAUUUAUACCCUGUUAGGAGUUCCGAUGCCGUACGUUCGUGUGGCCUAGUGCGCGAUGACGGAUUCUUAGAAUGCGCGGUUCACACUUGGCCAGUAGCGCUAAAUAACUGGACUGGCAAUUAACUGGCGCAGUGAGUCCAUACAAUCUAUGGCUGGCCGCAACUCUUUAACUGUACUGGCGAAGUCUGAACCGCGCAUAAUAUUCGUUGUGAUGUGGUUCUGUGGCCGCACGACGAUGACAGCGCCCCGCGCCCCCGCGGCCGCCGCCGGCAACGCUCAGUCAGUAUUCGUGCUCUGACGCAGUUAUUUCGUUAAGGAAUCAGUAUUUUAGUUUUAUAGCUCUCCCUGUGCACUGUGUAUAUACCUAACGCUCGAUUCAGUGAGCUCUCAUUAUUCCCGGACUGUCCCUUUUCAAACGAAUUGGUUUUCACACAUCUUUGCCUUCUUAAAUUAUUUGUAAAAUGCGUCUAGUCCAAUGCAAAAGAGAUUAAGUUUUUGAAUUAAGUAAGAUCGUUUAUGUUGUCGACGUUAUAUCCUUUCAAAUUUCUCUCCAAUGUUUGAAAUUUCCUUGUUUUGUUAAUCGUUUAUUCGACAUAGGAUGGUGCCCAGCGAAGCCUAUGCUAUUAACUUAGGACCAGUUUUAAGUGUUCAGUUUUACGUCCAGAUUAUGUGAUUAGGCAAAGCAUGCGUGAAACAGAUACCUGAAUUAUGACAAAUUAUUGCAAACGUUUCCUAAACUUUUCGAAGCGACGUGCGGCUCGAAGUUUAUACUUGGACUGCAAAGAAUUACAUAUCUUCGAUGUCACAAGUAGUUAAUCAAAUAUAUAUAGCAGAUUGUUUGUUGUUUGUGUUGUUAACAUUGAACGUUAGUAAGUCGUCUUCGUGCAGCUGACAUGAAGUGACAGUUCAGUGAUACAGAUGAAAAAUUUUCAAAGACUUCCGUCAGUUAGUGACUCUUGGGCCACAACGUUACAAUCGAUCGAUACAAAAGUCGAUAUCAACUCAUUCUCUCUAAUUAAAUAGCAGUCGGUAAAAAAUUACAUAUUUACACUAUUAUAGAAUGUAUCGUAUACAUUGCGAUUUAAGAUAUAAAAAUAGAGCUUAGUAAGACGGUUAAAAGUAAAAAAAAAAUAGUUUGACGUUAAAAUGUAAGGUUUAUUAGAGGAAUUCGAUAACAAACUGUAUGAUUCAAUACCUACUCGUAUAUCUA